AUGUCUGAGUUACAUCAUUUACUCACCUUUCCAACGAGACCAAUCACUGAAGAACAGUACAUUCCAACUUUGAAACAUUAUCUUCAAUCUGGUAUCCCAGCUACAUACACUUUAGAACAAGUAGCUGCAUAUGAGACAUCUCAACAGAGAAAGACCUCUGAAGCUAAUGUCCAAGGAGAACAAGAAGAAGAUGAUGAUGACGAAUCCACAUCUAAUACUACCCCCUUACAUAUAUUGGCAAGAUCAUUACCUAAAGAUCUAACAAAUGAUGAAACCGUAAUAAUUAAACAGAUAAUGGAUAUACUAUUUGAAUACGGUGCUGGUUGGAAUUUCUUAGAUUACGAAAACAAAUCCAUCGGUGAUUUAUUAUUGGAAAAUCCCAGCGUAAGUAUGAAUAAAGAUUCAAAUAUCCUUUAUCAACGUGUCAUUGAAGCUGGUAUAAGUGCUGAAUUAUUAUUGAGGAAAGUUAAUGGUGGUGAAAUUGAAUUUAUUGAUUCUGAUUCUGAAUCGAACGAGAAGCAAGAUCCUACUGAGUCUUCAACCAGGAUAUCGGAAUCUAAAGAACUUGACGGAGAUCAGAAGGUGGUACAUACAGCCAAUGAUGCUGAUGAUGCUACUGCUGCUGAUCAAAACACUUAUUUACAAACACAAUUAGAAUAUACAGGUGAUGGUGUAGCAUUAGUGACAAAAGAAAAUAGAGAUGGCGUCAUGAUGGAUUGGGAAACUAACAUUAUGGAAAUUGCAUCCAAAACUAUCUUUCCAGAUAUCAAUAAAACGUCUGAUGCCAUAGUCUUAAAUAUUGGUUUUGGUAUGGGGAUCAUUGACACUUUUAUUCAAGAAAAGAAUCCAAAGAAACAUUAUAUAAGUGAAGCUCAUCCGGAUGUAUUAGCUAAAAUGAAAAAAGAUGGCUGGUAUGAAAAGCCAAAUGUUGUUAUAUUGGAAGGUAGAUGGCAGGAUACUCUGAAUCAACUUUUAGAUGAAGGAAAAGUAUUCUUUGACGGGAUUUACUAUGACACUUUUAGUGAACAUUACCAAGAUAUGUUAGAUCUUUAUGAUAUUAUCGUUGGUUUAAUUAAGCCAGAAGGUGUGUUCUCCUUCUUCAAUGGGUUAGGUGCUGACAGACCAAUUUGUUAUGAUGUUUAUAAAAGAAUAGUGGAAUUAGAUAUGGCCAUGUACGGUAUGAAAUGUGAGUAUUCUCUCUUAAAGAUUGACCAAGAGUUACCAGAUUGGAAAGACGUCAAAAGGUCAUAUUUCAACUGCAACUACUACUAUCAUCCUCGGAUAUGUUUCAUAUGA